GUUGGUGCUGCUCCUUCCCUUCCCAGCAGGCGGCCCGGACACUGGUUUACUUCUCUCCCCACGCCUUUCACUGGUUCACCCCCCUUCCUUCCCCUUUCUCCCCCUCUGUGAAGUCCCUCCCCCUCGCCAAUAAAAAGGGCUGGCUCGGCACUGGCUCCUUGCAGUCGGCGAACUGUCGGGACGGGAGGAGCCUUAAGCCGGAGCUGCAAGCAGCUGCCCGCGCGGCAAAGCGGAAGGCAAGCCAAACAGAGUGCGCUGAGUGGCAGCGGCGACCCAGGCAGCACCCGCAGCCCGGGCGGCCCGAAUAGCCUCAGAAACUGCCUCAGCGACUCCGGCUGCUCUGCGGACUGCGAGCUGUGGCGGUAGAGCCCGCUACAGCAAUCGCAGUCUCCGUGGAGCGGGCGGAAGCCUUUUUCUCUUCUUUCGUUUACCUCUUCAUUCUACUCACAGAGGCUUCGUUCAGUGGUUCUCUGUGGGUAAACACAAAGAACUGUUAAGGUGUGCCUGUUAUGGACUUGUUGUCCGGGACGUAUAUAUUUGCGGUCCUGCUAGCAUGCGUCGUGUUCCAGUCUGGCGCCCAGGAGAAGAACUACAUCAUCCGAGAAGAAAUGCCAGAAAACGUCCUCAUAGGCGACUUGGUGAAAGACCUUAAUUUGUCCCUGAUUCCAAACAAGUCCUUGAAAUCUCCUAUGCAGUUCAAGCUAGUCUACAAGACCGGAGAGGUGCCACUGAUUCGAAUUGAAGAGGGUACUGGUGAGAUCUUCACUACUGGCGCUCGCGUUGAUCGAGAGAAAUUAUGUGCUGGUAUCUCAACGGAUACUCAAUGCUUUUAUGAAGUGGAGGUUGCCAUUUUGCCGGAUGAAAUAUUUAGACUGAUUAAGAUACGUUUUCUGAUAGAAGACAUAAAUGAUAAUGCACCAUUGUUCCCAGCAACGGUUAUCAACAUAUCAAUUCCAGAGAACUCGGCUAUAAACUCUAGAUAUACUCUCCCAGCGGCCAUUGAUCCUGACGUAGGAAUAAACGGAGUUCAAAACUACCAUCUAAUUAAGGGUCAAAACGUUUUUGGCCUCGAUGUCAUUGAAACACCAGAAGGAGACAAGAUGCCACAACUGAUUGUUCAAAAGGAGUUAGAUAGGGAAGAGAAGGAUACCUACGUGAUGAAAGUAAAGGUUGAAGAUGGUGGCUCUCCUCAAAGGUCCAGUACAGCUAUUUUGCAAGUAAGUGUUACUGAUACAAAUGACAACCACCCAGUCUUUAAGGAGGAGGAGAUUGAAGUCAGUAUACCAGAAAAUGCUCCUGUUGGUACUUCAGUGACACAGCUCCAUGCCACAGAUGCUGACAUAGGUGAAAAUGCCAGAAUCCACUUCUAUUUCAGCAAUCUAGUCUCCAACACUGCCAAGAGAUUAUUUGACCUCAAUGCCACCACUGGACUUCUCACAAUCAAAGAACCACUGGACAGGGAAGAAUCACCAAGCCACAAGUUACAGGUUUUGGCAAGUGAUGGUGGAUUGACUCCAGCAAAAGCAAUGGUGCUGGUAAAUGUUACAGAUGUCAAUGAUAAUGUCCCAUCCAUUGACAUAAGGUACAUCAUCAAUCCAAUCAAUGGCUCUGUUGUUCUUUCAGAAAAUGCUCCAAGCAACACCAAAAUUGCUCUCAUAACUGUCACGGAUAAGGAUGCAGACCAUAAUGGCAGGGUGACGUGCUUUACAGAUCUCGAAAUCCCUUUCAGAUUAAGGCCAGUAUUCAGUAAUCAGUUCCUCCUGGAGACUGCAGCACCUCUUGACUUUGAGUCCACAAGAGAAUAUGCCAUUAAAUUACUGGCUACAGAUGCUGGCAAACCUCCUUUGAAUCAGUCAUCCAUGCUCCUCAUCAAACUGAAAGAUGAAAAUGACAAUCCUCCAGUGUUCACCCAGUCUUUCGUAAGUCUUUCUGUUCCUGAGAAUAACUUUCCUGGUGCACAGUUGACGAAAGUAAGUGCAACAGAUGCAGACAGUGGGCCUAAUGGGGAGAUCAGUUUCCUGCUAGGCACUGAUGCUCCACCUGAGUUCGAGCUGGAUCGUCGUACAGGCAUGCUGUCUGCAGUAAAGAAACUAGAUAGAGAAAAACAGGAAAAAUAUUUAUUCACAGUUCUGGCAAAAGACAACGGGGUGCCACCCUUAACCUCCAAUGUCUCGGUCUUUGUAAAUAUUAUUGAUCAGAAUGACAAUAGCCCAAUUUUCACUCACAAUGAAUACAAUUUCUAUGUCCCAGAAAACCUUCCAAGACAUGGUACAGUAGGACUAAUCACUGUAACUGAUCCUGAUUAUGGAGAGAAUUCUGCAGUUACUCUCUCCAUUUUAGAUAUGAAUGAUUACUUCACCAUUGAUUCAGAAACUGGUGUCAUCCAACCAAAUAUUUCAUUUGACAGAGAAAAACAAGAAUCUUACACUUUCUAUGUAAAGGCCGAGGAUGGUGGUAGAGUAUCACGUUCUUCAAGUGCCAAAGUAACCAUAAAUGUGGUUGAUGUCAAUGACAACAAACCAGUUUUUAUUGUCCCUCCUUCCAACUACUCUUACGAAUUGGUUCUACCAUCCACCAAUCCAGACACAGAGGUCUUUAGGGUAAUUGCUGUCGACAAUGACACUGGCAAGAAUGCAGAGCUUCGUUACAGCAUUGUAGGAGGAAACACAAAAGAUCUGUUUGAAAUCGACCAACUAACAGGCAACAUAACACUGAAGGAGAAAUGUGUUGUUACAGACCUUGGUUUACACAGACUGUUGGUCAAAGCUCAGGACUUAGGACAACCUGAUUCUCUCUUCAGUGUUGUAAUUGUCAAUCUGUUUGUGAAUGAGUCACUGACCAACACUACGCUGAUUAAUGAACUGGUGCACAAAAGCAUUGAAUCACCAGUGACGCCAAGUACUGAGAUAGCUGAUACAUCCUCACCAACAAGUGACUAUGUCAAGAUUGUGGUUGCAGCUCUUGCUGGCACCAUAACUGUCAUUGUAGUUAUUUCCAUCACUGCAAUAGUAAGAUGUCACCAGGCACCACGCCUUAAGGCUGCUCAGAAAAACAAGCAGAAUUCUGAAUGGGUUACCCCAAACCCAGAAAACAGGCAGAUGAUAAUGAUGAAGAAAAAGAAGAAGAAGAAGAAGCAUUCCCCUAAGAACCUGCUGCUUAAAUUUGUCACUAUUGAAGAAACUAAGACAGAUGAUGUUGACAAUGAUGAAAACAGAGUCACACUAGACCUUCCUAUUGAUCUAGAAGAGCAAACCAUGGGCAAGUACAAUUGGAGCACUACACCCACUACUUUCAAACCUGACAGCCCUGAUUUGGCCCGACACUACAGAUCUUCCUCUCCACAGCCUGCCUUCCAGAUUCAGCCUGAAACUCCCCUGAGUUCAAAGCACCACAUCAUCCAAGAACUGCCUCUUGAUAACACCUUUGUGGCCUGUGAUUCAAUCUCCAAGUGUUCCUCAAGCAGCUCUGAUCCCUACAGUGUUUCUGACUGCAGCUAUCCAGUGACAACCUUCAAGGCACCUGUGUCUGUACACGCCAGACCGACUGAUUCCAGUACAUCACCUAUUGAAAUCUGCACUGAGAUAUAACUUUCUAGGAACAACAAAAUUCCAUUCCCCUUCCAAAAAAUUUCAAUGAUUUGUGAUUUCCAAAUUAGGCUAAGAUCAUUAAUUUUGUCAUUUAGAUUUCCCAUUGAAAGCAAACAAACAAAAACCAUCUUAAAAAUGAUGUCCCAGUGAACCUUGUUUUCUUUAGCUGUAAUCUGGUAAUGGAAAUUUAAAAUUUAUGCAGUGCAAUAACAGAGUUCUCUCAUGCUGUUUCUCUGUUUGUUUGCUCUGAAUGUCAACAGCUGUGAUGUAAUAUAAUGCUGUCUUGGUUAAUAUAUAACACUUAUGGUUAAUAUAUCAGUCAUGAAAACAUGCAAUUACUUGCCCUGAUUGUUGAAUAAUUAAAACAUUAUCUCUGGGAGUUUGGAAGUGAAGCUGAACUAUCCAAGCUACUCUCUGAAAAGUAUCCAGGGCAAGAGAUUUUUUUUAAGACCUCAAACAAACAAAAAACGAAACCAAAAAGCUCUGGUUCAGUUUUUUGAAAAUAACGUUACUGAGAAAAUCACUAUGAUUACCCACUUCUCUGCUUAAAAGUUGAAUGAUAGAAAAUGAUUUUACUAGGUUUUUAUGUUGGUUGUAAUCAUGCUGUUCCACUCCUUUUAAUCAUUAAAAAGCUAUUUUUUGCCGGGCGCUGUGGCUCACGCCUGUAAUCUCAGCACUUUGGGAGGCCGAGG